UGUCACUUUUAUUUGGGAAAUUGGGGAGGAAAUGGUCACUCCGGCUAAUCCUCCGCGUAUUUUAAAUUAAAAACUGUGACACAAAACCCUCAAUUGAUCCGUAAAUAUGACUGAAAAAGAGUUAACCAUGGAAGACCUCGAAGAAACAGUGAAGCGCACAGACGAGCAACUGGACCUGAUGGAGUGGAAGAUGGACAAUGUGGAGAGGGAGCUAGUGGAGCCCCUCGACACGCAGGACCUCUGCGUCAUGAACCUACUCAAAUCUGUCUCUGAGGUGCGGUCGGACUACCAGCAGCUCCGGCGCGAGCUGGUGGAGGUGCAGGCGCUGCAGCGCGAGCUGUCGUCGCGGCUGCGCGCGCAGCUGCGGCUCGUGCACGGCAAGUUCGCGCGCCUGCGCCAGCGCCUCGCCGCCGCGCCCCCCCCCACCUCCUCCAAUCCGCGCUGAGCCGACGAAGAGCCUCUCGUGUCCGCCAUGGAGCGACCUAGCUUCUGAUAGGUUGUCUUUAUAAUAUUUUAUCUCGUUUUUAUAAUACUUUGUUAUUAUAUAUUUCAAUUAUUAUUUUGUGUCUUAAAGCGACAUUUAAUUUAUAUAAAAACUAAAUUAGGUUUAGUUUUGAGUUCUAUGAGAAUAUGUCGAAAAAACGAAAACGCGUCAUGCAAGAAUCUCUUUCGUCCGAGAUGUCCUGGUUUCUUUCCCAAAUGUUAAGCACUGGAGCCCAAGGUCCAAUAAUGUAAACACGAUUAAUAUUAUAUGAUUCUAUUAAUCAGUUUUUAUAUACAUGACUGAAAUUGGUUUAUUUUUCUUAGUUUUCACAAAAAACUAUUUUCUAUAGUUUUCCAAUACUCAAAAGCAAUAAUUAAAGAAAUUUAAAAGUUGUCAAAAUAAAAAUAUUUGCUUAUUUGCUACACUAAACUAUCAAAUGUUAUUGCACAAUUCUCCAAAAACUGUAAUUAUCUAAAAUCCCGCGAGAAACCUUGAGAAACCUUGACAUUCAAUGUUGACAUUCAACAUAUUCUCUUGAAAUGAGAAAAUUUGCUUCUUACUCUCCUUUUUACAUAAUUCUGAAAAAUUAUCACAACUUCUGAAUACUGUAAUACUUUAAUUAGUCCGCGUCACGGACGCAAACUUACAAUACAGUGGUAAUACAGUCGCUGACCACAACGUAGCCGAACUUUUUCGUGGGGGCGAAACCUAAUGAAAAUAUUUCCCAGACGGGAAAAUAAAACAAAGACUAUCGAAUAUGUGGAAGCCUGUAUUGGAGAGUAGGAAUUCAAAACUCACAUUUUUAUAUAUUUGUUAUUUGUAUAAUUCGUAUUUUUCAUUUUUAUACAGGUGUUACUAAAUAUACAUACGAUAAUUAGUCUUUAGUCGCGUUUACCUCCUUGGCACCUUUUUAGAAGUGUUGGUAUUGACUUGACACUGCGCAUUGGAUCUACCCGAGGGACUGUAUCCUACCACUUCGUAUGUAUAUAGGGAUUCUGUACCACCAUGUGUAUUGUUUUAUAUUUAUUACUUUCGAAAAAAAAUACGUUUUAUAGUUUACCACUUUAGUGAUUAUUUAAAGUUGAUUAUCAAGUUUUAUUGAAGUUGGUUUAGUCAAAAUUAAGAACAAAUCGAUAACUUAUCGAAGGACACGACGAGGCAGCUCAAUGAUGCCCUUAUCCAACGCUGCAAAGGGAUGAUUGUCCCAGGGCGAGGUAUCCCUACGAGCACUAGGUAUAUACGGAGAAUGAAACCUUUGGUCAAAUGUUACUAUUAUUAGUUGGAGAAUAUUAGACCAAAAUUUUGUGCCAAAUUAAAUUUUGCAUUAUUUGAUUUUAUUAUCUUUUUAUUAAAAGACAAUUCCACACAGUUUUAUAUUGUUUAUGGAAUAAAUUAAUAUGAAUUAGGUCCAUUCUAUUUAACCUUAAAAAGAUUAGCAUCAUUUCGCAGUGACCCAAAGGUCACACAUCAUUCUGCUGUGUAGCCAUUAGUCCCAAUAAUAGUUCUUAUUGCAUGAAAAUAAGAACUACAAUUGAACUACCAUUGACACUUCAAUAAGGGUGUGUACUUACAAAUCUUACCGCUGCGUUGGAUAUAGGGCUUUACAUGUAACGUAUAGCUCAAAUAGUGCCCCAAUAGUGAUUAAAUCAUUAUAGUUAGGGCGAACAUGUGCCAACCUUAGACAUAAAUUAUAUUGAAAGUGUUGAAUCGUGCGGGAUUACAUGCAAAGUGUGAAUUAAAAUUUAAAAAUCUUUAUUCUAUUCAGCACAAUUUUACAGAAUAUCUUCGAAAUUAAGCUACUUAUAAGAUAAUUUGAAAAUUGUGAGGGAAUGGUGUGGAAUGGGUUCGUAAAUAAUAAAUCUUAAUUAUUUAACCCGUUAUUUAAAACGCAAACAGUUUAUAAUAUAACACAGUUAUGAUUAUCCUAACUGCGUUAGUUAAAUUGUGAACUGACGGUGAAUAUUUUGCUGAAUAUCACACGGUGAAUAUCACACGAUGGAAGUCAUCUCGAAUAGAAUGAGCGAAUGUGAACGAUCGAAUGCCUGUGAAGUUUGUAUGGUUGUUUGUAGUUUAUUUAUUGUGUCGCGAGGUGAAAUUUCUAUGAUUUAUCGUAAAAUUAAUAUUCGUUGUAUAUCUAUGUCUUAAAAACAAAAUUAAUGCACACAAAAUCUCAAUUUAUUUUUUGUUCUUUGUUUUAAAAAAUGUAUAAAAUGAUUUUUUUUAUUAGAUAGGUCAUAGAAAAUCAGAUACGGAUGUAAGUUUUGCGUGUAAUGAAAUUUACAAAAUCAAAUUAAGCUAGUCAUACAAUUACAAGAGGGUGAAUAUUUUACUAUUAGUAGAACAAAUCCUGGUCGUGGCUUGUAUGUGUUUUAAAUUACAAAUUGUAAUUAAUGUAUUAAUGUUGAGUGCUAUGGAGAAAAUACGGCGCCACUGUUUUAAGGACAUACAAUUAGAAAUCAAAUUUAUUAUAUUUAGUGGUAUUUAUCACAUUACAUUCUUAAAAGUCAAUUUAUGCACACAAUUCCUCUGAAUGACAAAUGUGAUAUUUGUCAUGAUGGUGAUACCAAAUGAGAAAUUCAAUUUAGAAUACCGUACGAAAAUUUUCUACAUACUUGCCUGAAAUUUUACAAAUUUUACAUCAAGUGUGUUGAAAAAUUUCGUGUGACGCGUACGGUUACGCCCCAUCUACAUUUGUCCGCUUGUAGAUUGAUCUAAGUGUUAUUUCAAUGUGCAAAAAAUGAAUUAUUAAAUUGUAAGUCGGUGCUAGACGCGAGUUGUCCGAAUGCAUGAAAUGUAAGGGAACACUCCUGACAACUUGGAUAUCACACGAAAUAUCGGAUUGUUAGAUUGUAGUGUGCAUUUUUUAAAAACGCAACGAAUGGAAUAUCCUCAUGCUGAGUGUACAUGCUCGCCAAUUUCGUCUGAUCUCAAGGUACAGCCAAUAGCACAUCAAACUACUUAAAUUCGCUCCUACUACUAUGGCAUUAAGGUCCAUGGGUAACUUGACAUGCGCUUGGCUAUCCACUGCUGAGUUUUAAUGUGAGCAAUUUUUUCACUAAAAAGCAAUGAUCACCGUAAGGUUUGGCAAGCAUGUAAACUAGGUUUUAGGUAGUUCAUUUGAUUUUAAGUCGCGCGUAUUUUGAACAAAGUAAUUAUCGAAUGUUCGAAUGUCAAUUCCAUAGAAGAUUGUUAAUUGAUUCGAUUAGUAAAAAAUUUAAAAAUGCAUUUGCGCUCGUAAUUAUUGUUUGAAGAAAAAAAUUUAAAGCACCCUUAAUCCCUUUAAAAUAAUUGUUUCUAACAUGUAACGGCCUAGACUCUAGGCAGGUUAUUAUUUCAUGCAAUUAUAAAUAUCUAGUACCUACAAAAAAUAUAUAUAUAAUUUUUGGUACCCUAGGAGUACUAGGGUUCAAAAAAUGUUUUGAUCUACUUACCUAUUUAAAAUUGCAUGAAAUAUCUAUAUCUAAUGUGCAUCAAUAUUGUUUGCGUGUUAUUGAACGAAUUUAUGUGUAAUUGUGAUGUGAUGAAUGUAUGUUAACGACUAGGCUGCGUAAUGCCCGCUACGGUCGUUGACGUAGAUGCAUAUAAUUUUGUUUGUUCAGUUGCAAAAUUUCAAUAACACUUAACAGUUUAGCGACUCAUAGAACAGUAAAAAUGUUAAAACUUGCAUAAAAUGGAAUGAUUAUAAUUGAUUCGCUAAUUUAUAAUAAUAAUAAAUCCCAAAGCGUAGCCAACAAAUAUAAAAUUUUAAAAAUAGUAGAAUGUACCUCAAAUGCAUUUAUUUCAGUCGAUACGUAAAUUAGUAUAGAUAAUUAUUGCAUGUUGCAUACUAUUAUUUUCACAGGACUUCUUUGCCGUCGUGUUAAUAAGACUUGUACCAAGAUCUUCAAGACACUAGAUCUUAGAUGAAAUAUUAUAUUUCUUUCACGCAAUUAAUUUUUGUAUGUAUAUUAUUGUAUUAUAUGACCAGAGAUCGGAAAUUGUAGUGUAUAUUUACCUAAACUUCGACUAAUAUAUUUUUUAUACCAUGAUUUAAAAAUCGUGAAUUAUUAUUGGAUUUUAUUGAAAUAAUAUAUAAUUAGGUGCAAAUUAUUGAUUUGAAGAAUAUUAUUCCAUUUUUAGAUUUCCGUACUAAAUCAGUCAGAUUAAAAUUGUAUAUUUUUAAUUACGUAAAAUAAAACUAUAAAAUAUAACUGUUUAAGUAAAUAUCAGGUGUACCUAUAUGAAUAGGUCAAAUAAUUGAAGCAGGUGUGUUAAAAUUGACCAAAUAAAUAUUUCAUAUUUUACAGGUGGUAUUACCAUUCUAUGUUAGGUAUUGCUACGUCGAAGUUUAUGUAAAUAUGGCACUAGAAUAUCCGAUCUCUGGUUAUGGCCAAACACGAAGUGCGGUGGUUGGGCCUGGGUGUAUCGUGCUAUCUUCGGCUAGAUCUAGGUUUUAGGCUUUAUCUAUCACUUUUCCAUGGUUACCAAAAGUUCUUGGUACAUUUCUCGCCUUUUAGCUUUUUGCUGUUUAGAAAAAUUAGUGUAAGUGAAAUACAUGUCUGAAACUAUGUGUAAGUAGUCAGCAGCGGGUAAACCCGUGUAAUGUAAGAUUGUUUAGUAUUCGUUUGCUUCGAGAUUAUGAUCGCAACUUGUCAUUUCGUGGGCAAAAUUGUGACCACCGUUUUAGGAACUGUGCAAUACUUUUCAAAUACCUCAAAAAUAAAAGAAGAAAUUUCAAAAAUAUUUAUUAUUUAUAUGUAUGUGCAUUGUACCUGUAAACUGAAGAGUUGAGUAUGUAUUAUUAAUGAGGUUUUUUUUUAACAAUAUAAUAUUUUUGCGGAAACACGAAAUGAACAAGUUUUGGCUAUUAUAACGGGAUUUUUGGAUAGGAUCGUCCUAUUAGUGACUGAUUUUAUUAAUUUUAUAGACUAGAUAUAUAUAAUAAAUUAAAUAAUAUAGAAAAAAUAGUAUAAUUCACGAUUACUAUGAAAUAAAACGAAAAUGAUUGGGCAUUCAUAUGAAUUAAUUAAGUGUAUGUUAGAAAAAUAUUUUCCAAUUCGCCGCAUCUAUAUACACAUUUCUUAUGAAUUACACCGAUUCUACGUGUCACAAACUUUGAUAUCAAUGUGAGAUAUAUUGUAAUAAUCCAGUUAAUCAGCACGUCCAGUACAGCACUGUUUGAUGUAUUUACGGCACAAUUAUAAUAAGCAUUUUCUGAAUCAAUUUCACAUAAUGUGUAAUGUUUAGGGUAGUAUAUAAGUUUUGGUGAUUUUAAUUACAAAUUUUACGGCUUUUGAGUUUAAGCACGAUGUGACUUGGAUCAGAAAAUUGUUGGCCAAGCAGCGUAGUGGCUUAUAUACUUAUUCGCGGACGCUCGACAAGAGAAAAAAGUUUAGUUAUUGUAACUGCUAGCAGUCAAGUUAACAUCUGCUAGCUAUACUUGACUAUACAGCCAACAGACUUAACAGAAUCCCACACAUUUACGUCGAGAAAUCGUAUAUUGCCGUUAAAAAUAUAUUUAGUGUUAGUGCGAAAGUUAGCGCUUAAUAUUGUAAAAAGAUCCUAAAGAACGUUUGGUCUAUUUUCUGAUCCGAAUCACAUAAAUAUUCCGCCGGUCAGUUAAAUGAUAAGAAACGUGAGAAACAUCGACAAAGAAACUAAUAAUACGUAUAAAUUAUUUUAAUUUUAUAUUAAUUUGUCUUGUUUAAAAUUAUUUCUGAAACAUUUAUUUUCGAGUCAUUUAACUUUUGAAGAAUUAAAAACCUUCAUCUCGUUCUCGAAUAAUUUAUAUUUCCGAAAGAGAAAAAGUAAUUGUUUUUAUACAUACUUAUGUAUAACCAGGCCGGCGGGAGUCUAUGUCCAAAACACGACAAUAUAGCACUAUUCCUAUAUUCUCUGUAGCAUUUCUAGAUAUUUUGUACUGUGUACACUAUUGUAGAUGGGUUGUAUCUAUUAUUUUCAGAGUAUAUUUUCUACUAUAAUUUACAAUGUAGCAACUGGGAUACUUUGUAUUAGCCCUGUUGUUUUGUAAUUUGUUUUCGAAUAAAUCGUAUUUUAUGGUUUAA